AUUUGAUUUUCAAAACGCUUCUCAUUCGAAUUAGACGGUAGACUAUAUAUAGUAAUGUAUCUAUGAAAAAAAAUAUAUAUAUACAUGUAUGUAUGUGUAUAUAUAAUAUCAAAGUUGAGAGAAACGUAAUUCUGUAUGAAGUCAGAAAUCAAAUUUAAACUUCAUUAUAGUCUGUUCGAAUUCGAGUAGAGAGAGAGACUUUAUUUCUUACGAUUCGAAUAAUAAAAUACAAUCGCUUUAUUCUUAGACGAAAAUUGAAAAAAAAUUAUUAUUAUUAUUAGACAAAAAUCGCUUAUUCUUCUCCACGCUUAUCUCGACUUAUUCGUACAUAAUUAAGAAAGAAGAUAAAUAAUCGUUUUAAUGACAUCUUGACGAUAGCUUUAUGAUAUAUUGCUUCUUGCUUCUUAUGUGCAGUAAACUGAUUUAAAAGCUAUCGGAUUUAGCAACAAUUUAGAUUAGACGAUCGAUCGAUUGAUUGACAUAGCGAUAAAUAAUCAUUAUUUAAUUUUAAAGUAGAGCGAGAUCGUUAAAGCUUUUUUGUUUUUCUUUUUUCUACUGUCACAUACACACACUCAUACACACACAUUUCUGUUUAUUCUUUUCUUUUUUUUCAUUCAUUCUACAUGCAAUGUGUGUAAUAUGCAUAUGAUGAUCGAAACAACGAAUCUUUUGUCUGAUUCUAAAAAGAAAGGGAUACCUUUCGUAGUCAAGGAGCAAUAUAUUGAAAUAAUCGUGGACAUGAAUUCAUUUUGAAAUUUUAUCUCGGUGCUUCGUUUUCUCUUUGCAUGAUUAACGUACCUAUGUGUACAAAUAUGUAUACAUAGGUAUAUGUAUACACUUGUAAAGGAUCUCAAAAUGCAAGUAGUGUUCGUGAAUCGGCCGAUAAUAAUGCGUAUAAUGUGUAUAUAUAAUAUGUGCGUGUGUGUGUGUGUAUGUAUAUAACACACAUACGUAUAAUGUAUUAUACAUUAUAUAACGCAUGAUAAACAUUAUAAUUCCUAAUAUAUUAUAUGCGUUGGUGCAUUCGAUUAGGUGAAACGUGAUCUUGUAUACACCCGCCUUGCAAGGUGUAAAUGCUAAUAGAUCGUCGAGGACGAAUGGAUAAAGACGCAAAAUUAUGUAUGACAAGAGGAAAUAGACACGCAAUACGAUUAUGAAAAGCAAAAGAAAAGAAAGAAAGAAAGAAAGAAAGAAAGAAAAUUAUAUCCAUUUGUCAGGAAAAUCGAUAUAGGUCGUCUGAUUUUCUUUCGAGACUUAUCGAUGAAUAUUGAGAAUAAGAGAAUCUCGAUAAAAAACAAAUAAAAUAAAAUAAUAUAAAAUAAAAUAUAGAAGAAAAUAAAUAAAUAAAUAAAUAAAACACAAAUACUUUUCGUAAACGAAAAAUAAUGAGGAGACGAUCGAGAAGUCCGAUUAGAGAAAGUAGAAGCGAUAAUAAAAAUCUGUUAUUCGCAAUUUUAGAAUGUGAUAACGACACGCAAUCUAGUAUAAGAAGGAUAAUUAGCUUCUAAUAAUAACACGAAUUACGAAAUAUCGACGUUAGUCAAAGUAAAAGUUUACCGAAACGUCAUAAAUGCAUUCUCGAUGUAGUAGUAAGUGUCGUCGUAUUAAAAGAUGGCAUAUUGUUGACUUUCCGACGUGUACUUACACUCUCUACGAAAUGUAAAUCCGUUUAGUCUUUUACCAUUUAGUAUUUUACCAAGAAGCAUGAAAACACAUUCUUCUUUUACUUUUAGAAUUUCAAUAAGUAUAUGCAUAUAAUCGACCUUGAUGUGGAGAUAACUUAACCCUUUAAUGCAUGUUUUGGAAUUUUUUUCGAACAUUUUUAGAAAAAAAGAAUAUUAUUCCAUCAUCGUAAAAUAAAUAUCAAAAGUGGAAAUAAUGAAAGAUUAUGAUAUCAUUUCUCUCUUUCUUUUUCUUCUAUCUUCUUUUCUUUUUAACGAAAUAUCAUGACAAGUUAAAAUCUUCCAUGUACGUUAGAUCGCGCAAGUUAAACUGCAAAUUAAACAUUAAUAUAUUUUAUAAUGCAUUUAAGGGUUUGAGUACACGUGAAAAUUAAUUUAACGAAGCGAAUCUACGUACGCGCAUAUUGUACGCUUAAUAGUAUUAAUUUGUAAGAUACUUGUACUUGUAAUUUAUUUUUCAUUUUAUAUUUUACAUUCUGUAGAUUUAAGGACUUUAAAUUAAUUUCUUUUUUCCUCUAGUUAACACUUUUUUAUAUCCUAAGAGUUUCGAUCAACGACGUGUAAAUUUUCACGUGUACUUAUUUACGGAUAUUAACGUACAUACGUUAUGUCGACUCGAGAUCCCACCAAAAAAAUCCUCGAAUUAAUUACAUAAUAAAGAAGGCUCAUCUCGAAUAAAGCGUAACGCGCGAAUAUGUUGAAUCUCGACGAAAAACGAAAACCAGCGUGGAAUUUAGUUUGUCUUUCUGUGAUUUUAAUAAUAUAUAAUGACAUACCAAAAAGGAAAUAAUUGUAAACGUUUAAACGUUAUUUAGAUAUUAUUAUACGUAUUAUAACUGUACGAUUACAUGAAAAGAAAAGUGGAUAAAAAAAAAGAAAAGAAAAGAAAAAAAAACAAUGUGAAGGAGGAAGAAAGAAAUCGAGCAUGAAUAACUGUACAUUCUUUCGAAUUUUAACUUGUCAUCAUCAUUAUUAUUAUUAUUAUAUCGAAUCAAAUUUGACGAUAGAUAUAUAAAUAACUCUCUAUACGAAUGUGUAACAAAAAAAGUUACAAAUAGAUGAAAAAGGUGCUGCAUAAUAAUCUUUGCAAAAAUAAUAUCGAGAUGAAGGUAAAUGUGGAGAAAGAAAAGAAAGAAGAAAAAAAACGAAACGAAACGAAACAAAACAAAACAAAAAAGAUAAAAAUAAAAGAAAAAUAAUCUCCUUUUCUCAUUUUUAUCCACGUAGAAUCGUAUUUAUUCGUGAUAUCGUAUAAAUCGUUUGCUAUCAUUUUACAAAUUGAUACGAAAAUAUAAGGCAAAAUAUAAGGUUUCUUUGUAUAAAUAUUUAUGCGAUACUUAUUAUCCGAUAAAGAAUUAUUGCUUAUCGAAGUUUUUAAAAGAAAUUAAAACGAUCUUGUAAAAUCGUAAACAACUCGUCUAACCAAAAGAGAAAGAGAGAAAGAAAAGAAAGAAAAGAAAAUGGAAUGAAAGAAAAAUCAUAAAUUAUACCAUGAAACGCUACUUCGCGAGUACCUAUUUUAUUUCUCAUUUGAAUUUUUAAGACAAACUUCUUCGCUUAUAUCCUCCUAUACGUAUGAAAGAAACAAAGAAAGAGAUGUUAUUGCUAAAUAUGUCAUCGGAAAAACUUCGUUUCGAGCGAAGUAAAGAAACACGGAUUAUUCUGAUAUCACAAUUGUUAGGACCAAAAUACAAUAUGUAUUUCAGGAAAAGAAGAUUAAGAAAAAAAAGGAGAAAACAAAGCGAACGGUAUUUUAAUACAUCAAAUAAAGUAGAAAGUCACGUGGUUUUGAGCUGAUGUUGAUCGAAUAGCGUUUCAAGACGAAAAUUGAAUGUAAAGAAAUAAAAAAAUAAAUAAAUAAACAAAGGCAAGAAACGAGAUUGAGAACAAACUGAGAAUGGUUUUAAGUAAAAUAUACGAACGUAAACGUUGCAAUGGUUAGAGGGGAGUAAGGAAAAGGAAAGAAAAAAAACAAGACCAAAUAAUAAUCAAUGACCUUAUCCUACAUGACAAUUAUCCAGUAGACUUUAAAGGAAAGGAAAUUAUACGAGCAACAAGAAAGAAUAUAUAACAUGAAGGAAUAUGUAAAAAGAGACCAAAGCGUUAUACUUACACAUACCUAUUAAUUAUAGUAUAAUCUAUAAUUAUAGUAUAAAGUGUUAUAUAUUUAAGGAAGAAAGGAAAAUGAAAAAAAAAGAAAAGAAAAGAAAGAAAAAAAAGAAACUAUAAACCUUCUCUUUCCAGCCGCCCGAAUAGAAAAAAAAGGGAUUAUCCGAAUCUAACGAUCAUUUAUCAUUUACAGAGAAAAUAAAAGUAACGAAAAAAAAAGAAGUCCAUAUUUUCUAUUUUUCGACGAUCUCUCUAACUAACUUUUAAACUUCGAUAUUGGGGUAAUGUAAAGGGGGAAAGAAUAUGAAAAAGAAAAAAAGAGAAAACAAAAAAAAUAAUUAAUAAUAAUACUAAUAAUAAUAAUAAUAAUAAUAAUAAAACGAAAAGAAAAAACCUAGCUUCGAAGGUUCGGAUUUUUUCCAUAACGCGUUCAUGAUCUUUCGCUUUGUCGAUGUUCUCUUUUCUUUUUUCUUUCUUUCUUUUUCUUUUACAUCCAAGAGAGAUUUUUGCAUCGUCGUACUUUUCUUAUCUCUUUUUUCAUUUUCUUUUUUCUUUUUCCUUCUCUUCGUCUUCGAUCAACUCGACAAUCGUACGUACAAAAAAGUGUUUGAUAAAAAUCAAGGCGUAACGUUCAACGCGCCAGACCAUUUUCUUCUCGAAAUAAACAAGAAAAGAAAUAGUAAAAAUAUAAGUUGAGGGAUGCAGGAAGAGUAGGGAGGAGAAAGCAAAAAAGUGAAAAUUGGAAGAAGAAUACCGAAAUAAAUAAAAACAAACUAACGAACAAAAAAAUUAGAAACGUGAACGAUCGAUGAGAGAGAGAGAGAGAGAGAGAGAGAGAGAGAGAGAGAGAGAGAGAGAGAAAGAGAGAAAGAGAGAGAAUAAACGGGCAAUAUUGGUCGAACGUUCGAACUAUUUGGAGCUAGAGAAACAUGAAAUUACUGAAACUCAAUCAUAUCACCGUAGUUGCCUAUACUAUCUGCUAGUAGUACCUCGUCGACAAUACUGUUGACUUACUGGCAAGAAUCGUUUGUAUAAUUUGGUGAAUUAUGAUAUAAUAAUAAAUACGUUAUUAAAUCUUGAAAUCAUGAUCCAACAAAUUAUCCAAUACGAUUCUCGACGAACAACUCAGUUUUUAUAAACUACUACACUAUUAAUACUACUAUUACUAUAUAUAUGUAUAUAUAUAUAUAUAUAUAUAUAUAUAUGUAUGUAUAUAUAUAUCACUACUACUAUUACUACUACUACUACUAUUACUAUUACUAUUACUAUUACUAUUAUUACUAUCACAAUUAUCGAAUUAGUAAGAGUGCGAAAAAAUAAUUAAGUUAGAACACGAUGUAUCAUCAAUGCCGAUUAUGAAUAUAUAUGAGGUGUUAUCUUCAAUAUUGAAAAAACAUCGACGGCGUAUGUUCGUCGUCUGAUAACGAUCGAAAAAACAUGACGACGAAGCAUGUAAAAGAAGAAAAAGAGAACAGACAGGAGGAAAUUAUUUCUUUUUUCUUCUCGAUGAUGACCACAUUAACCAAAAAAGAAGAAAGAAAAAAAGAAAAAACAAAAUACUAAAGGAUCAUUAUCAAAGAGACGAGCAAUUUCGAAACGUUGACACCUAAUCUUUUUAUUGGGCCAUAAAAUAUGAACAUUUCUUCUUAAGGAAGAGUUACUAUUAAUAAUAAUAAAUAUUAGUAGUAUAUAUAUAUAUAUAUAUAUAGCUAUGUAUAUACAUAUAUAGCUUUAUAUAUAAUUACUGAUUAUAAUACACAUUAAUAACGAUGACAAGAGAGAGAACGACGAUAGUAAUAAUUACAUUUAACGUUAAUAACUUAUAAAACGAAAGAGAAAGAGGAAGAGAGAGAGAGAAAGAAAGAGAUAUAUAAAGAAAAAGAAAGACAGAAAUUUAACGAUAUUAAUAUUAAGAUGACGAAAUAAUAAUAAUAAUAAUAAUAAUAAUAAUAAUAAUAAUAAUAAUAUACAUAAUAACAACAACAAUAACAACAACAGCAACAACUUCUUAAAAUAUGUACGAUUUUAAUGCGAAUUAGAAAAUCUUUCUCCGAGGCAAACGUAUUUUGCAAGUGUCCUUCCAAUUAUCAUGAAUCAAUGUAGUAGCUCGCUCUCUCAAAGGGUCUAUUAUUAUUAAAAAAAAAAAAGAAAAAAGAGAAAAAAGGAAAAAAAUUAUAAUAAUAAUUAAAUAAUAAUAAUAAUAAUAAUAAUAAUAAUAAUAAUAAUAAUAAUAAUAAUAAUAAUAAUAAUAAUAAUAAUAACAACAACAAAGAAAAAGAAAAUAACACAACUUUUUAGAGUAUAUUAUAUAGUCGAGGCUUAUCAACUGUACAUUUUCUCACGGUCCAUCCGGCCAAUCGCUCGUUCACGUAAAGGAUAAGUCGUGAUUAGAAGUAGAGAUAUGGAUCAAAUCGAAAUAAAUUAAACGUCUAUGGUUCGAAACGUGAAAAUUCGAUGGACGUAGAUGGACCAAAAUGUUCGACUCGCAUGUAUACGCAUUUGUGUGUGUUAUGUGAGAGAGAGAGAGAGAGAGAGUACGCGCAAACAAUACGUAUACGCUCAAUCUUAUUCUCCCUUUCUCUCCUCUCUCUCUCUCCCUCUUUCUCUUUUUCUUUCUCUCUCUUUCUCUCUCUCUCUCUCUCUCUCUCUUCCUCUUGCUCUUUCUCUUUUUUUCUCUUUUAUACACUCGCACGUAUACGUAUACAUGCGAGUCUUUUCAAUAAACGAUAUAUACAUAUAACAUUAUUUUAAAGAGUGGCUGGUAUGACGUAACCAAAUCUGUCAAAUAUUGUACAUUUGCUACAGCAUUAAUCUAUACAACUGCAUAUAAUACGGCGAUUAUUAUUAUAAAUUAUUAUUAGUUGAAGUUGAAUAUACCAUAUCUAUUAUUCUCUGGAA